AAAUGCCUCACACAAUUCUACCGUUCAUCAUCACAUAUGUUUUACACAUGCACGCGCGUCGCACGAAUACAUCAACCGCGGUAUACGCGUAUUAAACACACGCACGCACGCGAGCAAAUUGAACUUUUUACAAUGACCACGAUGUCGCUGUGCGUGCACACCACGAAUAAAUGAUUUUUUUCCUAAAUGGACCGACCGAACCCCGCACAGUUUAAAUUAUCAUAAUCUCUUAACAAUCCUUAAUUGGACGGGACCGUUCGGGACGUCGAGAGCACCGCGCACAAUACACAUUGGCAUACAGUCCCUUGAUCUCGUCGCGUCGUUAUCUCACGUUCGGUAGUAUAAUACCAAUUGUUGUACGCGCAUAAUAUUACUAUUAAGACAUCCAAAGUCUCGUCUUGGUUUCAUAUAACGCACGGUUCAACCCGAAUAGCUAAUAAUAUUUUCGUUUGCCUUUGAUGUGAUUUUAUUUCGUUUGAAAACUUUUACCGUUUACUCCGAUCAAAAAUGUACCGCCUGUUUUUGGUACUGUGUUUGUGUUACGGUUUGCUGGGCUACGCGUCCUCGGAUGAAACAACCACUUCGGUGUAUGAACAUUGCGGAAAUCUGCAGCUUCAGGAAAACAUUCAAAUUAAAUUGAUAACUGGUACAUGGUAUGUAAUUGAAGUUCUACAACACAAGACAAACGAAAAAAUAUAUCAUGGAGAGAAAUUUGAAGUACCCACUUGUCCUUCUGUUUUCUUAACGCUUGCGGGUUCUGAUACAGACCUGAAAUUGUACUGGAACGAAGAUAUGGGCGACGUUGAAUAUCUAUUCAAAAUUAAAGACAAAUCGUCUCCCGGAUUCUGGCUGUCGUCUGGAUCUCAAAAUGGCACCCUAGUGCAGGUGACCAGCUACGACCAGUUCGCGGGCAUGGUGUACGUCCGGAAGGCGGUCAGCAAUCACAUGGUGUUGACGUUCUGUUCGCCGAACACGCAGCUGUACAGCGUAGUGUUGGCCAGGGACAAGACGCUGGACUCCAAGGACCUGAAGAGCAUCGUGAACCACAUGCACCUGCAAAAGUUGCCCAUCACGCAGACGAAACGCACGUGUCGCAGCUCGGCGUCCGCGGCCCGGGCCACCGCUUGGAUGACCACAGCGUUCUGCUUGGCGUACCUGGUGUGGUACCUACGCGUGCACAAAUAGGUCGCAACCGUCAGGCGUAGCGCACCCCUGUUUUCACGUUGGGGCGAGCGGACGCGUAAAACACACACACACACACACCCAUCCACACACACACACAUAGAACCGCACUUGGGUGCGGGCGCAGGGUCGGCGUCGGUCGAAGCCCGUGAAGGGGGGGGGGAGGUAAAGUCGGAGACUUAAACUCGGCAACGCGCCGCGGAUGGCGAUUGGAAAAUUACGAUAUUUCUUACGACACCGUCGUCUCCAAGCCGCAGACAACUUUGCAGAUGAUGUUUCGUUCCGAUUAAAACUUUAAACAUUUACAAUCCAUAUUAUUUUAUUUUACGGAUAACGCGUAAUACUUAUCAAACGAUUAACUACGUCACAUAAUUAUAUUGAUACAUAGGUAUACACAAUACACAUCGAUUUUUGUGUACCGGGCUCUUUCCGUAUAUUAUGCGUAUACCUACACGCCGUGGCAGUGAAAUAUUAAUUAACGUCAUAACACGUGGUAGAUUACACCCACGUAGGUACAUUUUAUAAAAUCGUCAGAUCGCUACUGCACUGCUGUAGCAUAAUAUGCAUGUGGUAAAAGCCCCUUCUUAAUAAACAGAACAUUUUUUUCUUUAGUUCUAUAUUUUGUAAUAGUAUUACUGUAUCUGCGGCUCUGGUGCUAUUAAAAUUCAUGUUUAAAUUUUUUAUUUUAUUUUAUUUUAUUAUUAUUAUCUUUUUAUUUUUUCUGAAGCCUUCAAGCCCCCAUUCACACCGACUCUGCGCAUACACACAUAUACAAACAACAAUACUUAAAACGAUAGAAAAAGAGAAAAAUAAAAUCCGAGAAACACAUACCUUCCAUACCCAACAUUGCGUUGUCAUCCGAACACAUCAAUACGAUAUAAUUAUAAACCUAUGAUUUUUAUUCCAUGCUCAAUUCAAGUUGUGCAAUAUACCGUUAAAAUAAUAUGUCAAUUCCGUUCAAUUUGUACUUUUGCUUAAUUUUUCGGAUCUCUUUAGUGCAUAAUGAUUAUGUUUUAUUGCGUACCUAUAUUUACAUGCUAAUCCACUUACUAUUUAUAAAUUAUAAUAUUGUUUUAGUUAACACAUUUAUAAUAACGUAUGAUUGGACGACUACAUAAUUGCACAAUGUUGGGUUACCUUUUUUUUUGUGUAAUUUAUUUU